CCCUUAAAAUGAAUGCCUUCGUGUAAGACUCUCCCAGCAAAAUUAAAGCACGUGACUUGUGGCGCUUUAUUAAUUGUAUAAUAAUAACAACAAUGGCCAGUGGCUGGGCGCAUUCCCGAUCAUAAUGGCCUGGAAACGAGCGUGAGUCCCUCCAGCCGUCCCCACGAGUCACGCCGCGUCCUCCCACCAGUGAGGUAGCGAUGACGUCAGCGUCACAGUCAUCAUCUUGUUCUCUGCACACAGCGCGUCUGUGAUCUCGGUGUCUUUCUUUCCCUCAAGUCGGUUACCUGUGGACCUGCAGCCCUGCAUUCUAAACAGGACACGCUCUUCAUCAUGAACUGUGACAUCGAUGACAUGGAGAACCAGGUGGAGAUGGAGGAGAAGACACGGUUAAUCAAUCAGGUGUUGGAGCUGCAGCACACUCUGGAAGACCUGUCCGCCCGUGUGGAUGCAGUCAAAGAGGAGAACCUCAAAUUGAAGUCAGAGAACCAGGUCCUGGGUCAGUACAUCGAGAAUCUGAUGUCAGCCUCCAGCGUCUUCCAGACAACAGACACCAAGAGCAAGCGGAAGUGAAAAAUGAGUCUGUGUCUGGCUGCUGCUAAUAGGAGAUGCACACGGCGUGGAGAGGAGCUUCUUCUCAGCAGACCUGGCCUCUACUGAACCAUCCUUCUUCUAAGUUGCUGUUGCAGAGUAACACUGCAGUGAUUCCGGUCUGUUCAGAGGCAGUGUCUACUCCAUCGGUGGUGUCCACCUUCUAACCAUCUUAUUUUACCUCUUGUAUUUUCAGUUUUUGUGGUAUCUGGUUAAUAGUUUAGCUGUUUAACCUGCUUGGUUUAAUUUGAGGGCAUUUUCCAAGACAAACUUGCACGUGGCUCCUUCCUCAAAUUAGCAUGCCGGCAGAUUAAAGCUACUAAAUUUAGCAAGUACUAUUAAUAUUAACCCAGAAUCUUAUGACACUUAAUUUAUUUUUGUAAAGUAUUUUGUACUUCAGCUGUCAAUGUUUUUUGUCUUCAUUUUAAUGCUAAUGUUAAACAGUAUUGUCAGUUAGUGAUAGACUAUGCAGCAGAUGACGCAAAAUGGUUGUGGAUAUUUCACCACAGAAGAAGCACAGAAGCAAGUAGAGAAAUUCAUCUGGAAGCUCCUCCUGAGUUUUUAUUUACAUGGCUUCAAGACAAGACGCAGUUUAGAUCUUCACAUCGCUGAAAAGGUGGAGUAUACACGCGAUAACACUGAUGGUAUUCUACUUUUGAUUGGUGCUGAUGCUUUCUUGGUCGUAACGGGUGAGAGAAGCUGGAGGAGAGCAUCCACUUAAGUGCAGAGGGUUAGAGUGUUAUUGAUCUGGUCUUGUUUGCUGCAGAAUGGAUUUUCCUCCGGGUGAGGCUGCUGCACCCUCUCACAACUAUUGUUUCCUUCCUCAUGUGAUGCAUUACAAAUUGUAAAUUCUGUAAUAAAUGUAAGUUCAUGU